AUGAGGCGUUAUAACCCAUUUCUACGACGUUGUAUCGGGAAGAUCCACUGGUCAGCACGUCUACUGUUAACUGUGUUUUCGAUAUAUGUUAUUUUACUAAUAUUUAAAUGUGCUUCGCAAGGCGGCUGUCAAUGCACUGACACACAAGGUGAUAACAGUGAAACACUCCGUCAAAAAAGAUUUACCACACUUCCACAGAAUAACGAAUUAUUUGUGAAUAUUUCAAAAAAUGAAGACACUCGGAGGAGGUAUCUCGCUCCUAUUCAUGUUUACUUGGACGGUGGACCAAACCGAGCUUUCUGGACGUUCCGUAGAGAAUUACGCCUGGCUUUGCUCCAAAAUCGUACGAUUGUGUCGACUCCUUUUCGCGUGUAUGAUAGGUUGGAGACUCAAAUGUACAGCUCAGUAUCCAUGAGACGCGCCUUUGACGAGAUUCUAAUCAAUCAAAUCGUUCCCGUAGUUUCCAUGAAAGAAUUUUACGAAGAAUGUAAGGACGAAUUAAUCCCGAAAAUAAAAUUGAAACCAUUCGAUGUGAUACAGGAUAAGGAAGUCUCAAAUAGCCGGAGAUAUUUCAAAACUAGAGACGCCGUGGGAGAAAUUGGUCGUGAUUAUCCCUUCCAUGCAAGGGUCAGCUCUGGAUCAACUCCAGAAGAAAACUCUAAAUUCCUUGCAGCAACCCAAGGGGUUCGGUGUCUGUCAGUCUAUUUUGAUGAAGAUGUACGGUUCUUCAGAUCGCCCGCAGAUGAAGAACUUUACCAGGAAGUAGACAAUCAUCUGUCUUGGUCGCCGUAUGUAAGUGGCCUUGUUGACGGCGUAUACGAUGCUAUCUGUGACGGAACGCCGUUCGCUGUCGUACAUUGGAGAAAUCGUACGGGGGAAAAAUGCCUGAAUGGGUCAUACUGGGCACCACAUGUGUGCAAACCAACCGAUUAUUUUAAACUCAGCGUCAUGUCGAAGACAAUCGAUGUAUUGGUCAAUAGUCUUAUAGAGUACAUCCAAUCCAGAGGGCAUACAUGCGUCUACAUUGCACAUCCUCCGUAUCAACAGGAAUUCGUGAAUAGAAUGAAGAAAGAGUUUCCGGGUGUUGUUUAUACGCUGAAAAGACUCGUGCAAAAAUCUCACAAGUUAAUGAAACUGCAAAACAAAAAUGACAACUUUGUUUUGUCAUUAGUGGAACAGGAGAUUGCAGUUAGAGCCCAUCUGUUCAUAGGAUGGCGUGAAUCAAGCUGGACUAAGAUGGUAUCUGUGAUGAGACGUAGUUUAGGCAAAGAAAUAGUCCCGCUUCCGGUGGAGAGGAUGUCGUCUUUACAGAAAAUGAUAUGGUGCAACACUAUGAAGUUCGAUAACAGUUUUGACCCAACGGCGUGUGAAUUUGAAGGCACUUAUCGGGAUUACUGA